UCCGAUUCAAUGAAGAGGAAGACUGCCGCUUCUUACUGCUGAACUCUUGAGCGAUGGCAAACUUGCUAGAAAUUGUAUCUACUAAACUUUCAAUCCAUGCGUCGAUGUGCUGUUUUUCUUCUUCCUGUUGUAGUGACACAAGACAAGCCAGAGCCAGAGCUGCCCGAGAGACAACACCGUCAUCCGUUUUCUUCCCCAGCUUGAUCAUCAGACCAGCGACGCCUUCCUCAGCCAGGUAUCGCAGAGAGGCUUCGUGGUGCCGCACGGCUACAAUGAUCCCUGACUCAAGAAUUUUGAGCAGGUCGGGGAAAUCCUGGCGGAAUUCAGCGUUUUCUCGAGAAGGGUCUUCGCCAAUUGAGUUCGUAUCAAUUAUUAAACUCAUGACACCGACCAAACAACUUCUGUUUGUACCAGCAAGGAGAAUCAUUCAAGUACGAUUCGCACCAUAAUGACCGUUUAUGGUGCGUGCAACGAGUUUGGAAUUGAACGUUCUCACUCAUUUGCGGCCCCAAAGACAGUGAGGACUCGCCUGUUUCACUGAGAAACGAUCGUCGAUGGAGCGUUUGGAGGCUUUGUGUUGUUUUCCUACGUGAGAGGUUGUUGAUGUUUGAAGAGUGUCGCCUCGCCUUUGUCCUCCCAUCUUCCCUUUUCUGAGCUUGAGACUUCGCCGGGAAGCUGAGGCAGCAGCGAAUCUUUUUCCCGUCCCCCCGCGGCUGCGAUAUGAUCCAGUAGACUGUUUGCUUGGAGGUUGCCUAACGUUUCGUGCUCAAGUUCAUCGGUGUUGCUAGAUGAAGCUUCCACCUUUCCGGCAUAGGCAACGGACCCAGAGUUUGGCUGAUCGCCUGCUC